CAUGACGCGUCCCAAAUCCAAGGUUUCCGGACGCUCAAACCUACCAAUCUCAACAAAUGAUUGGCGCACACUACAUGUCCUCCGACGCAGAUAUCAAAUCCGAAUACCCAUCUGCACCAGGCAGUCCAACAACAUCAGUAACUAGCUGCACGUCUGAAGGAACAGCCCCUUCCGACCAAGUUGCGGAGUUCGAUCGCGAUGCCUUCAAGUUUAUGCCCUUGAUAGUGCGAACACUGGAAAUCAUGCACCGAGCGGACGUGACAGGGGACGAGACCACCGGAUUGCCAGAGGAGGUGGAUAGGAUGAUUCGGACUUUAAAAAACAUGAUACGGGAAGCACACGAGUUGGUUUUAGCGCUUCCAGGUUCAAACGUGUUGGAAGAUACUCAAAGGAAGAUUUUGGAAAAGGACCUGGCGAAACUUUCCGCAAAAAGAGAUCGUAUCAAGGCCUUUCUACCUAAUGAGACGGAAGAGAAGAAUGCCAUGGAGAUGGAUUAGCGGGUGAUCCCAUCAGCCUUCCUUUGCGCUAAUGGGUAGGCACUAAGUGCAACCUGGAGCACUACAUAUGAACAUCAGCCGCGCCAAGCAUGACCUUACCACGAGUAACCUUUCCGUAUGUUACAUCCUUUCCGGGGUGUCCGACCAUUGAGGUUUCCGGCACCGUGUACGACGUGCCGUACGUUCCAGACGCGGAGGUUUACUCUAGAGGCUCUACUGCAUAAUCGGGAACAUUCUAUCACGGCAUCUCAUUGCAUCUUUCGUCGUUUUGCAGCCUAUGGGCUAUGUGCCGAAUGCUAAACGGAGCAACACAGCCAACAACUGAAUCUUCUUGAGUGUUCAAUUAUCUGGCCCUGACGCAUUGCUUGAGUAGCAGAAGUGACUGUACAUAAGCCAAUGAUCAGUUUCAUUGAAUACCGUUGCAAGAAUUUGUGGCCGGCGGUGAAAAUACUGUUCCGAAUAAAGCUAAGGAGGUGAAGACCUAUGUAUUGGAAACAACCAUGGUCGUAAAUUGAAAGAAGUGUAAUUACAUAUUGUUAAAUCCUGA